GAGCACCCAAACCCUGGCGAUCGGUACGUGUCAGCCUAACUUUUCGGUCACGGAGGUGGGGCUGAAGGUGAAGUCCAGACACUGCAUGACAAGAUUCUAGUGGUGAGGUAGGCGAUCGGGCUCGGAGAGCAGUUAACACACCACCGAGGAGGUAGACGCUCCACCACACCGCCAUCCUCCAACGAAACUGUAUUUCCAACUCUCGCGAGACUGGGUCUGGCGCGCGCCUUCAGCCCCCGAGACUUGCGGGUUGCGGCUUUCUUCUGACUCAAGUGGCCACCCAGCAAGAGUGAAACGUGCAGUUCCGGGUCGGUGUCCCGGAAGCGGAAGUGUGGAGUCCGUGCUGUCAAAGUUGGAGUGCUCCUCGAGGGUCGGUCCCGCGAAGUCUCUUCCCGGUCUCUCUGCCUCUUGAGUGCUUUCCCCCCGUGAAGGGUGGGAGCGCAGGGACGGACGAGCGAGAUGAGCACCAUGUUUGCAGACACGUUGCUCAUCGUUUUUAUCUCCGUGUGCACCGCGCUGCUCGCCGAGGGCAUAACCUGGGUCCUGGUCUACAGGACAGACAAAUACAAGAGAUUGAAGGCAGAAGUGGAAAAACAAAGUAAAAAAUUAGAGAAGAAGAAGGAAACUAUAACAGAGUCAGCUGGUCGACAACAGAAAAAGAAGAUAGAGAGACAAGAAGAGAAACUAAAGAACAACAAUAGAGACCUGUCAAUGGUACGAAUGAAAUCCAUGUUUGCAAUUGGCUUUUGUUUUACUGCCUUGAUGGGAAUGUUUAAUUCCAUAUUUGAUGGUCGAGUGGUGGCAAAGCUCCCCUUCACUCCUCUUUCUUACAUCCAAGGACUGUCUCAUCGGAACCUGCUGGGAGACGACACCACAGACUGCUCCUUCAUCUUCCUGUAUAUUCUCUGUACUAUGUCGAUUCGACAAAACAUCCAGAAGAUUCUUGGUCUUGCCCCGUCACGAGCUGCCACCAAGCAGGCUGGUGGAUUUCUUGGACCCCCACCUCCUUCUGGGAAAUUUUCUUGAAGAAAAGCAGAACUCUGAAUUUCCUAUCAUACUUUUUAGACAUUCACAUCAAACUUACAAGGCACCUGGCCACAUUCUAGGUUUGUGUUAUUUCUCAGCUAUGGAUAUGAUCAAAUGAGAACAGUGCUUACCUAAUGGGAUAGUGCUUCUGGUCACGGAUGGCUUCUUUAGUAAGUGCAUUCACUGGUUACAUUUGGGUGAUUUAUGUAACCACACACAUCAUCUUUCUUGUCUCACUUAAGUAUUUUAGUGUAUGUGCCAUGUACACAGACGCAGACUGUCCAUGAACAUGAGGCACCUAGGAGAAAACAGUAUAUGUAACAACUUCACUGGAAUUAUUUGUUGUGUUUUUUAAAAAGCCAAAUAUGUUACUUUGUGUUCGACAAUGAGCCAAAUUUUUAGAUGUUUCAUUUAGAGAUGUUUGAUUUUUUUUUGAUUAUUAAAAAGAAUAUUUUCUGUAAUCUGAACAUAAGGAUAAGCAUUGGCCCACAAAAAGCUAAAAUAAAGUUUUGUCAUGUUCUUUUACCA